GAGACUUUGUACUUUUUUAGAGUAACACAUAUCAAUAGUCUUAUACGACUGUUCGUUCACCAUGCACACACAUCAGUCGUAUUUUAUCUGAGUGUGAGGAAAGAUCCCGACUUUGAAAAAUCAUCAUCACCAACGCCAAGCAAGAAUGAACUAUAGGAGAAAUUUCUCUCGCUUCUAAAUGCAACUUUCAAUACACGACAAAUGGCUGAAUAAGAAAAAUUCGCUUUUUUAACCUGCAAGACUUGAAUUUUUUUUUAAGUUUCAUACACAAAUCGCAGAAGCGUAAACAGCAUUUUGUUUCGCGUAAACACUUCGCAGUAGGCUAAGUGAUCGUAUGUCUUUGUUCAAUCCGCACCGAUACAUUUACAAAAUGAAAACGAACAAUUUAUGACUGAAAACAAAACUAAAGUGAGAAAAGUUCCAAAUUACAAGUCAAUGUAUGUGCUAAUUAAAUUGUUUUUGAAUGAAAAGUCACAGAUUUUGAAGGAAAAUACCGCAACAAUAUCUUGACAACAAAUAUACAAUUUGGAUAAAAGUGUGUGUUUCGGACAAUAUGUUUCGAAUGGAAAUUUGAAAUGAAAAAAGUCAUAAUUUAAAGCGGACAAUAACAAAAAAACACCCCAAAACCCAAUUCGUAUUAGUGAAACAGUUUGGCAGUUUGUUGAAUCGAUUCGUCGGCGGCGACAGUGACAGCGGCUUCAUUCUUGUUUGCUCAUUUUGAAACGUGACUUUAUGGAAUGUGCCGAUUCUCUUUCUCUUUCUCCCAUAACCAAUUUUUCAAAGUGAAAGAGUGCAUAAAUUGAGCAUUAUUUGUUUCUUUUCGUUCCGUCCAAACUGAAUUUGAUGAAAUGUCAUCGCAAAUUGAUAUACCCUCAUAUUUGCGACAAUUGUCAAGCUACGACACCACGCUAAACUUAACCAUGUCUUCGCAGAGUAAAGUCAAAGAAGAACGGCACGAUGAUGCCGAAAUUCGUGAAAUGGCGGAAAAAAUGCGCGAAGCACAUAAGAUACAAUCAGCCAAAAAUGCCGCUACACAACAACAGCAACUGGCAAAUCGAAUUCAAAACAAUGCGGCUACACUGCCCGGUGGCCAAGCAAAUAUGAUGAACUAUGUGAUGCGAAAAAAUAAUGCAAUGCCAUCGUCAACGAUACUGAGCAAUGCAAACGGAGUGUCACAACUGCAAUCGGCUGACAAGCUGAAGCAAACCAAUGAUUCGGAGAAUGGCGAGAAAAAACCCUGUGAUGAAGAGAGUCAACGCGGUCAUUUUGGCUGGGCGACAUUCGGAAAGAUACACAUUCCAUACAUUUUGCGACAAGGUGAAAAAUACUGUGCGGUUCGAAUGGUUGAAAAUAAACUGUUAAACAAGUAUCUCAGCCAUUUGCAUCAGGAUAUUUACAGUUGCACGUGUGUUCGAAGCUACUAUAUUACGGAAGCCGAAAGUCGUCUAUUCAACGAAAUCAAUCACAAACACUGUGACUCACAGUUUGGCCGUGAAAUGUUCACGUUAAAGGAUUUGGUGGUGCGUUUGAGCGAUGCAAAUAAAUUCUUUCAAUUUUUGGACGUUUGUUAUAAGAAAUUGUUAAUGGGCAGCAGUGGACCAUCGGACAAAUGUGGUUUCAUUCGAAUUAACAAAGAAUCAGUUGUCCCAUACACGGUGCGAGACACCCAACAAUUCGUACCAUUAUUCUAUUUUGAAGGUGAAACCGACAAUUUGAAACUGAAAGCCGACUACUUAUCGGGAUGGGAUUUAUCGUAUUUGAAAUUCUGUUGUAAAGUGCAAGGCAUUCGAAAUGAAUUGUUCGCCAGUGAUUCCGUGGCAGUGAUUAGUUUAACUGAUAUUAAAAGCUACUUUCCCGUUGGCACCGAAUUCGAAGAUUAUUGGCCAAGCAAAGUGGUGGAGAAUCAAUUGCUAAUCGGCUCAUCGACAACUAAACCAAAUGGCAGCUCAGUGCAAUGGACUCGUCAGCCAAGCCAACCUCCCCCAAAAGUACCAAACCCACAAAUUCAGAAAAUGAACGAGGCUCGCAAAGCCAACGCUUACGCGAAUCGACUUGCACAACAGCAACAAGCAGCCCAACGUGCAGCACAACAACAGCAACAGCAGCAACAGCAGCAACUACAACAACAGCAACAACAACAACAACAACAGCAGCAGCAGCAGCAGCAGCAGCAACAACAACAACAAUUACAACAGUCACUAACAGCCUCAUCGUCGAAUCAGAACUUAGCAGCAGCAGCUGUUCAGCUGUGGCAGCAAAACAUAGGUGGAAUGAAUAAUGUGAUGUCUCAAAUGUCCCAAUUGUCACAAUCGGAUUUUACUCGACUAAUGGCACAGCAUCAGUUACAGGCACAGGUACAAGCUCAAGCCCAACAACGUAGCACCUAUUCACAACGAUCCUCACAAAUGCAAAACCAAAUGACAAGCCGACAAGGAUAUGGAAACUAUGCAUCAAACGCACUAAAUCUUGGCUCAAUGAAUCUCCCACAAAUGCAAUCACCGCCACCGUUGGUCAGAUCAUCACAAAAUUCCGCCGCAUCAAGCUCGGCUGAUUAUCGUCGACAACAACAGAUUCUGCAGCAGCAACAACAAGCACAAAGACAAAUGUCGAGCAUGAUGCAUCAGCGUCCGGCCCAUUCACAACCACAUCAAUCUCUGGGCUCUUAUGAUGGCUCCGGCCGAUAUAAGGUUAUUCAAGACGUUCAACCCAUGGGCCAUGCGCUGCCGUUUAAAAAGUCACAAUGCACAAUUCAAACGAAUACGGUGCCGUGUGUUAACAUGAAUCCGUACGAAUAUAAUGAAAUGCUCAUAUCGGUUGUUGACUUCAACGAACUUCUUUUCCCGAACUUAAGCUUUGAAAUGUGCAUUGAGCGCUUGUCAGUAUUGAAGAUUCAGCAAUACCUUGGAAACCGUGAUCAAGUGCAACUAAUGGGCAUAAAUCCGAAGGUACCGUUUGUGCGGGUGCGCGAUAUUAUUCAACACUAUCCGCAAUUGAGUUACAUGGCUCAAGCCCAAGAUCAACCGCAAGCAAAGCGAUCGCGUAUAAGCUCAGCUGCAGCAGCUGCAGCAGCAACAGCAACAGCAAUCACAACAAAUUUACAACACAAGCAACCGAAAUCUCAAUCGCUCUCAUCAUCCACUGUGUCCUCGUCGACGCCGAUCAAUGAAGCGAUUGCCAGAAAUCUAACAUCAACUAUGGACUUAACCUACUCACAUGAAUAUGGAAGUAGCAGCAAUAGCACCAGCAACAGCACCAGUACUAAGCCGAAUAGCGGCGGCUCAACCGAUAGGCCAACAAGUCGCUACUAUCCAAUCAGUAAACAUGAAAUGUUACCAAAUAGCUACACACCCGGUCACAUUGUAUCAGAUUCAGUUUCGCCCCGUUCAACUACCACCUCUCUGGCUGAUCCACACCAUCCAAACUCAUUCUAUCAGCACCAUUCACUAGAGUUACCAUCACCGUCAUCUUCAACAUCAUCGCAAACAUCUAAAACAAAUCUUUCGCUAUUUGGCUCAUACUCACCGAGCCCAUUCCCAUUAUUACCAAAUUUAUCAUUCGAUUCGCCUACUAUAUUUCCACCAACACCGCCUCCUUCGGCCUGGAAUCCAUUUUGUUCAGCAUACAUACAAUUGGUUGAGCUGUCGAAAGAGAGAGAAGAGAAUAAUAACACAGUGUCAAUUAAAAUGGAGCGAGUGUGGCGAAAAGUGAACCAGGGACUAUCCAACACAACAUCAACUUUGCUGAAGCAAUCGCGUAACAACAAUAAUCGAAACAGCAAUAGUAAUUAUAAUUUUGGUGACGCAGCAGCAGCAGCAGCAGCAGCCACUGCCAAUCUUCGACAUUCAGCAUCGAUUCACAUUGAAGAGGGCCCGGUCUACGCAAAUGUGCCACAAUACAAUCGUGGCUGGGGCUACAUCGACACAUCGAAAUGCCGUAAACGACGGCGAAAAAUCAAAACACGACGAAACAGCUCUAAAGAGAAACACUCCAAAAACAAGAACGCUGACAAAACAAAGGGGGCGUCAAAGGAAACUUCGCUGCGUGAGCGAGCCGUUGCCAAACUGAAAAUUUUAAAUUUCAACAUCAACUGGGAUGUUCAUAUGAAGCCAUGCGGAUCACGUGUCAAUACAAACAUUUUAACGAGACGAUUGUGCCGUAAUAGAUCUUGCGAUGACAACGAAUUAUACCGAUCUAAUAGUUUUAAAUUUGAGCGAUUUCGCCGUGACGAUACCGAUGCGGCGAUUGUGUCUGUUAAUACAUUACCGAAACAAGUUAAUAUAUGUGACGAUUACAGUUUACCCGUAGACUUUGUUAAAAAACGUCCAUCCAGCUUAGAACAAUGUCGUGAUGUAAAAUUUGCUGAUGAUUUUCCAUCUCCAAUCAUAUUUAAUGAACAAGUUUUACCAACCGCAAGUCUAAAAGAGACACGGCCCCUAUUGACCGCAUCAACAUCAACAGCACCCAAAGUUUUACUCAAUUAUUGCGAGCCAAAGGAUAGUAAAAAGCCGAAACACAAAAAAACAUCUUCAGUAAAAUCAAUAAAAUACUUGUCAGAUUCAUCGCUGCCAAACUCAACCGACGAAGAAUAUAAUCGUGCCGAAUCGAAAUAUGACUCAUCGGAAAGUUUAGCUGAUAGUUAUUUAAAUAACGAGCCCGAAUACGCGAAUCAAGAACGCCAUCGACCACCACAAUAUAUACCGAAUCCUGGCUCGAAUUCGAAUACAAAUACUAUAAAUAGUAAAUCUCCUUAUUAUUAUUCGGAUUUAUUGCCAGGAGGCAAUAAAAAUACAACGCAAUCCCAAACGCAACGUUCGUUAAAGACAAGUACAAUUGUAAGCAGCACAUCGACCGCACCAACAAAAUUCAAGAGCUUUUUGGACGACCCACCAUCACCGGAAGUACUAUCACCUCCGGUGCACAAACGGCGCAACGGAAAUUACCAAAGAAGACAUUCGAUAAAUGAUCGUGAUACAUUUUCAUCGACAACAUCAGACGAUUCAAAUUGUACGGAAUGUCGAAAACGUCGCGAACUACGCCAUUUGCCACCGUCACAAGAUGAAUCGUUUUGUGUGAGCGCCACCGAAUACGACGAACGAGAAGAAGAAGUCCCAUCGCCAGCGCCAAACGAAUUUCCAUGCGAUUCGCGCGAAUACAUCGAAGCUGACAGCCAAGACGUUACCGAAGACGAAAUGGCACCACAUCGAUUGUUAGGACAUGCGGCCUGCAUUUGCUCAACCGAGCCAAAUGAUGACAGUUCACAAUAUCGCUCAAAGAGCAUUUUCUACGUUCACCAACAAGGUGAAGACCAGUGUGCUGACUGCACGAUAAACAAUGUCAAUGAAAGGAGCUAUUCAUGCGAAUCAGAUUUAAUAUCGUCCGGCAAACGACGCGUUCAAGUUUAUGAAACGGCAUUUGACAGUACUGUGCCGCUUAGUGGAUCGGAUGAACAUUGCGAAAUUGAAGAGCGUAUCCGGAAUAUUAUGCUAAUGGAUCCGCAAUUUGUUCGAUCAAACGAACAAUCGAAUGAGGAUAAGACAAGCCAUCAAUUCAACUGUGAUUACCAUAAGAAUAGAAAAGUAAGUGAAAAUAGGAGUGUUGGGACGACAUCGUGUAAUUCACCGUCUUCCAAGAAUUUGGCAGCCACAGCAGCUGGACGUUAUCCAUCACAUUCGCCGCCAUCGACGGCACCAAUGCCAGUUAAAUUCCCCGAUAAACACGAGCAACGCCUCUAUCGAGACAGUAAUCAGAGUGCUCCGAAUUUACCACAGUCAAAUGCGACGCCACAUCACUGCAGAGACGAUCAAAAUGAACGCCAAAAAUUAUCGAAGAAAUCGAUGCAGAAAAAAAAAUGUUCACAUGCACCCGAACGUGGGAAACAAGUGCGGAAAAGCAAACGGCGACAGAAAAUCGCAGCUGGACCACAGAAAUUUUCAUCAACUGAGAGUCUAUCGUCGAGUGAGGGAAGCAUUGAAUCCAUACAUUCAAGUGCAAGCGACGGAAAUCGCAGUUCAAUUAGUUCCGGCUCACGACACUCGGCUUCGUUGAGCUCACAUUCAAGUGAUUCAGGUGCACGUGUACGUUAUCCUCUUCGAACCCCAGUCAUUGUGCAUGCAAAUAUGAAUAUUCUGAGUCCGAUAUCUGAUAAAUCGAUACAAGAAUCAUCCGAAAUGUUUGCAGCCGGUGCCAGUCGCAAGAAUUUACAGUUAUUCAAUGAUAAUGGGCCAUCAAGUGUGUCAGCCAAAGAGCUGAACAAACAAACCAGUGUCGAUAUGAUGCUAUUGGAAAAUCAAAAAUCCAAUAAACGGCGAUACUUACAAAAUCGCGCUUCAUUGUUGCUAAAGGAUGAAAUACAAGGCAGCGACAGUGGAAUAUCGUUGCAAUCGCGAGAUGAUACAAAGAUUAAGGGUUUAGCUCUACCGAACCUGAACGGUGGCCAACCAAAGCAAGAAUCACAAGCAUCCAAUAACUCAGGGUUAAGUUUACCGGAAGACUUUGCCAAUCUACCAUUCGACAUGCCAAAGCUCAGACGGAACCUGUUGCUCUCAGAACAAAAACAAAGUACCUCAGGCAGCGCAACAUCUGUAGAUUUAGGCGAUCUUCCAUUUGAUAUGCCAAAGUUGAAUCGACGUUUACGAGCUCAAUCAGGAUUAUCGAAUGAUACAGCGCCCAAUACACUUGAUCCAAACAACAUGUCACAUGCAUCGUCAAGUUUAUCGAUGCGCGAUGAAAAUCGACUUGGCUCUGGACGAAAGAAUCUUUCGUUGCAAUUCAAUCGAACGUCAUUGAUGAAAAAUGAUGGAAUGCCGAAUGAACGCGGGCUACAUUUGAAUUUAUUUAGUGCCAAAACUAAUAUUGAUAUUGACACAUCGAUUUUGCUGGAUCGACAAGGUUGGUAUCAUGGCGCAUUAACACGCAUCGAAGCUGAAAGUACUCUGCGACCACUGAUGGAAGGCAGCUUCCUAGUUCGUAAUUGUGAAUCAGCCAGAAAUGAUUUCUCAUUAUCGUUGAAGAGCGCCAAAGGAUUCAUGCAUAUGCGAAUACAGCAAAAUGACAACGGAAAAUAUAUCCUAGGUGAAUUCAGUCAGCCAUUCGAUUCAGUUCCUGAUAUAAUCAAGCAUUUUUGCUUGAACCGCUUACCAGUACGUGGAGCGGAGCAUAUGUGCUUGAUAGAGCCAGUUAUGGCGCAAUUACUUUAAGCAAAUUGUGAACGCUAAACAAAUUGCUUUCCAGUUUAGAUAUCUCCAAGCGCAUAAAAUGCACAGCAGAUGCUCGUCUAAAAUAAA